GGGCAAGCGAGGAGCGAACUAAAGCAUCGUGGGCGCAGGAGGCAGAGUGUCCGCACACCAAAGGACCGAGAAAGGUGCUUCCCGGAGACUUCCUGUGUGGCGAGGGGACGCGCACACCUGAACGCGACGCGCUCCAGUGCGCGUGCGCGGCAAGGGUCUUCCCGCACCUGAUCGCGAGACCCCAACGGCGAGCAGCUCGAGGCCUCGCCUCGGCGGACUGGUGGAGCCAGUCAUGGCGCAGCUCUGUGGGCUGAGGCGGUACUGGGCGCUCCUCGCCCUGCUGGCGUCGCUGCUCCUCUCCGGGGCUGAGGCGGCCGACGAAGAAAGUGGCGUCCAAGAUUUUUGCCGAGUUUCGAAGAGUGUGGGAAAAUGCCGGGCCUCCAUCCCUAGGUGGUGGUACAAUGUCACUGAUGGAUCCUGCCAGCAGUUUGUGUAUGGAGGCUGUGGAGGGAAUGACAAUAAUUACAUGACCAAGGAGGAGUGUCUUGCAAAGUGUGCUGGUGUCACAGUGAACACCAUCAAUGAACUGUCCAGGAAUGGAGCAGAUUCCUCUGUCCCAAGUGUUCCCAGAAGGCAGGAUUCUGAUGACCUGUCCAGUGAUAUUUUCAACUAUGAAGAACACUGCACUGCCAAGGCCAUCACUGGGCCUUGCCGCGCAUCCUUCCCACGCUGGUACUUUAAUGCCGAGAAGAACUCUUGUGAUAACUUCAUCUACGGCGGAUGCCGGGGCAAUAAAAACAGCUACCUCUCCAAGGAGGAGUGCAUGCAGCGCUGCUUCGGCAAGCAGUUGUAUCCUGCCCUGCCCCGCACUAAAGCCCUGGAGUCCACCUCCAAGAAGCCCCACGGGGCAGGCCAGGUGGGAGACCCCAAGCACGCCCCCGACAAAGUUGAGGGAGCUGAUAACCCGAAGCAUCAGCACGGCCACGGCCACGGCCACGGCCACGGUCACGGUCACGGUCACGGCCACGGUCACGGUCACGGAAGCUCCUCAGGUUCCGGCAGCAGCUCCAGCGACUCAGAAAAUGAGGCGAAGCCCAGCGCUGCCGGCUCCGAGCUAUACAAAAGCGCCCCGGGCAAGGUCAAGAAGCCCAAGGUGAAAAAGGAGAAGAAGAAGGAGGAGAAGAAGGAAGAGAAGAAGGAGGAGAAGAAGGAGGGCAAGAAGAGGGAGGGGAAGAAGGAGGCUUCCCACUAACGGGCCUCUCCGGGGCUCAGUAAACCUUCUCUCGGCC